AUGGUCUGCUCAUCUGCCCCACUGCUGCUCCUGGCUGUGACUCUCCCCCUGCUGGGGUCACCAGCUGUACCAGCAUCCCAACCUGGCCAGAGGCAGGCCAAGGGGGAAUCUGAGCAGCAGCUGGACCAAGAGAGUGGAGCAUCCGAGUCAGUCCUGGUCUCCGUCUAUGUACAUCUGGACUUUUCAAAGAAGACCUGGCCACAAGAACUCUCUAUGACCCUGACUCUCCCCUCUACCUAUACUUCCUCAUCCCCAAGAACUCUCACUGGCCUCAGCAUCACGACAGAGUGUAAUGCCAGCCAAGAUGGGCAUUUCUAUUGUGAUUGUCUCUCUGAGUACCAGUGGAAUGCCAGUGUCUGCUCCCAUCACCCACCCUGCCAAACCUCCCAUAACCACCAGCCUUGUAUCUGUCUCAUCUUCAGCCAUCCUGAGCCCACCUACUGUCAGUUGCUGCUAACUGCUGGCUCAAGCCCAGCUGUUCCUCUGGAUAGGAGAAAAUUCCAGCUGUCGCAGCGGUUCACAGGCCCUGAGCUUGAGACCAAAGCAUCCCUGGGAAUGAGCCCUGUCAAGGUCUCUGUCUCUGUCACCAUCAUCCAGAACGGAGACACCAUUUGCCCCAAGGACUCCUUGGCUGUUACCUGGAAUGUCACCAAGGCUGGCUAUGUGGCCCAGGCUCCGUGUCCGAUGGAUAAGAUUGGAAUGACAAUGAGGUCCUGUGGCCUUGACGGGGUCUGGGGCCUCCGCAGCAGCUGCACAGAUGCCAGUAUCCUGGCCUUUCUUCAUAGAGCCAGGCUGCUGCGGGCAGGCCAGGGCCAGCCUACUGAGGAGGUGCCACAGCUCCUAGAACAGCUGCCAAAGCAGGCAGUGGGGAUGAGCUCACCCUCAGACUUACUGGCACUGCUGGACACCAUGACCUUCCUGGCUGAAGUGGUGGCAGAAGCCAGAAUGCAGCUUAACCACAGAACCCUGAAGGAUCUCCUGAUAGGCACAGACAAGAUCCUAAACUUGGACACCAAUUCUCUGUGGACCCCAGCUCAGACCCAGAAGUCCUUGGCAAGCUCAGCUCUCCUGCUGGCUGUGGAGACCCUGGCACAUAGCCUGUGCUCACAGGAUCACCCCUUCUUCUUCACCUCGUCUACCAUGCAGCUGCAGUCCCAGCUCCUUGGACCUACAUUUCCUGCUGACUGCAGGAUCUCUUUCUCCACUCAGCCCCCACUGUGGGCAGAGAUUUCCAGGCACUCACUGGCCACACUGGUCCAUAGCAGAGCCAACAUUAGUAUUACUAGCCUGGUGCUGCAGAAACUGGACUACCUUCUGUCCUCAAACUAUGGACGAGGGCUGAGGGACUCCCUCUAUGCCACUCCUGGUCUGGUCCUCUCCAUCUCCAUCAUGGCAGAUGGCCAGGCCUUCAACCAAGGAGAGGUCAUCGUGGACUUUGGGGACAGAAAUGGCGCCCCCCACUGUGUUUUCUGGGACCAUGAUCUCUUCCAAGGUGAUGGGGGCUGGUCGGAUGAAGGGUGCCAGGCACAGGCAGCUAGGGCCAAUUCCACCACUCAGUGUGUCUGUCAGCAUCUCACUGCCUUCUCCAUCCUCAUGUCCCGACGCAGUGUUCCAGACAGCCCUACUCUGGAGCUGCUGAGCAAACUCAGCUUGGGGGCCUCCAUCCUGGCACUGCUUGUCUGCCUGGGCGUGUACAGGCUUGUGUGGAGAGUCGUGGUACGGAACAAAGUUGCCUACUUCUGCCACGCAGCCCUGCUCAACAUGGUGCUCUGCCUGCUGGCUGCAGACACCUGCUUUCUGGGAGCCUCGCUGCUUCCCCCAGAGCCCCACAGUCCACUCUGCCUGGCCACUGCCUUCCUCUGCCAUUUCCUCUACCUGGCUGCCUUUUUCUGGAUGCUGGUACAGGCCCUGGUAUUAGCCCACAAGCUGCUUUUCGUCUUCCAUCAGCUGUCCAAGCACCAGGUAUUCCCUCUGAUGGUGGUCCUUGGUUAUCUGUGCCCACCGGGAUUUGCAGGGGGUGCCCUGGGCCUCUACCUACCCUGGGGGCAAUACCUGAAGGAGGGGGCAUGCUGGCUGGAUGAGAAGGGAGGGGCACUCUAUACCUUCAUGGGGCCAGUGUUGGCCAUUGUGGGCAUGAACGGGCUGGUACUAGCCAUGGCUGUGCCGAAGUUGCUGAGACCUUCACUGUCAGAGGGACCUCAGGUGGAGAAGCACCAAGCCCUUCUGGGGGUGAUCAAAGCCCUGCUCUUUCUCACGCCCAUCUUUGGCCUCACCUGGGGGCUGGGCCUGGCCACUCUGGUAGAAGUCUCCGAAGUCCCCCACUACAUCUUCACCAUUCUCAACGCCUCCCAGGGUGUCUACAUCUUACUGUUUGGUUGUCUCAUGGACAAGAAGGUACAAGAGGCUUUACUCAAAUGCUUCUUGCACCCUGUCCCCAGCUCCACCAGCUUCCUGGUGAGUUGCUGGCUUCAAAGCCUCAGUUCUCCCCCUGAUAGCAGGUAG